CAUGGGAGUGAAGAGGUUUGAUGGCGUCAUAACGAUGACAAACAUGACGUUUUCCCGAGACCUGAAUGACAGUAGUACGACAGCCUUUAAGGAACUUGCCACGAGAUUGGAAACUGAGUUGACCAAGACUUUCUCUAAGUCACUUGAUGAGUUUCUAAAGCUGACCGUAACAUCAUUUAUUGAUGACAAAAUCAACGUAGGAUUCCACCUGACAACAGCGGGACAGACCAACGCCUCCCACAUUGAUGUGGCAAUAAAAGAAAGCUUUAGUGUAGAGCAGGAUGCUGUAGACAGCUUUGCCUUUGACUCUGCAAGCCUUCAUGUAAAAGAAAAUGACGUCUUCCAAGGAUUCAAACAGGAGAGAAUCUGCACCUUCCCUUUUACUUACAAAGGAAAGGAAUACAACCAGUGUGUGACGUCAGAAUCUGACAGACCAUGGUGCGCCUGGGAUGCGGUUGCAGAUGAAGAGCGAACCACGUUCUGUGAUCAGAAUGAUAAGUUUGUCUGCACCACUGUAACAUCAUGUGGAUACCAAAGUGCCAAAGGAAAAGGUGUAAGCAGGCUGCUGUCAUACGUCAACGGUAACAACAAUGGUGAGGUGGUGAUGGACACAGCACGGCUGGUACUGGUGGAAUCCGAUAUUUCUACAGUGGCGACUUCAAGCUGUAGUAAAGAGUUCGAGGUGUGCCUGUACCUACCCAGGACUCACCAAGCUAACCCACCUCGCCCAAAUGAUGACAAGUUGACGCUCAGACGACCGCUGAGGGGUUAUAGCUACAGCAUGCCUUUUGGGAAACUGCAGAACCCCGAAGAAUUCCAGCGGACCAUGAAUUACUUCGUGGAACGGCUGGAACUAUCUAAGCAGUAUGGUGUUCACUUUGACAAGAGUCGAGUGGUGAUCCUGAACUUUGACAGUGGAGAAAGCGAUCGUCAAUACAACGAGCUGCUUUUCUUCAAAACGGAUAACCAACAGGAAGAACGUAUUCCUGAAGAGAGGAGGCCCCCAAACGACUAUCCUCCGAAGACAUGUGAUGACUCAGAGUGUGUCCUGUUCAAAUCACAUGUGGACCAUGGGGAGUUUAUGGAAAUUCAGCUUCAUGCAGCCAUCUGGGUAUGCGCCAGAGUCAAGAAAUGUCCGGGAAUGACGGUAACACCGAUCCGAAAGAUGACGUACAAUCUUAUGAAGUACUACAAGGGAGAAAAUGAAAGAGGAGAGAAUUUGGGUGACAUGGGAAAACCUUUGUUUGGCUAUCACGUAUUGAAGCCAAGAAACAGUAACGAAACAAGUGAAGACCGCUGCACCACGGACCGUGCCUGCGUCCCACUCUCAGGAAAUUUGACUGAUAUCCCCAAGCCAACAAAUGAUAAUAUGUAUGUGUAUACCACAGAAGGCAGGCCUCAAACAUAUUAUGUGAAUUUUGUCCGUGGCCCAAUCAAUGGUUCUCAUCAACGACUAGCUGAGCUUCUUCAGGAGAGUGGUAAAGCGUUUGACAAGCAUGUCCCCGUGUAUAUCUCAUACGACGACAUGGGAACCCCAAACGGAGAUCGCACCACUUACGUUGCCUACCGUAAGAAGAAGGAACUUCAAGACAACUGAGAUCCUGUUUCUUCCUAGAUUUAGCUGGUUUUAUUGCCAACUCUUAAGUAAAAUUUAUCUUUAGCCUAUGAUUCUGUUAUCAAUUUGCAAAUCUGUUACAACUUUGUUACUGUAUGAAUCAGAGCUUGAAAUGUAUGUCUAUUUCAAA